UAAGUGGUACUACCUGGAAGGCGGAUGUGUAAACAAAACAUUUAUUAAGCAGUGAAAAAGGCGUUCCAAUGUAUACACGAAAAUAGUCCCUGCUAUGUCCAGUCAGGAGAAUGUUUCCAAUGCGGUCGUGACCGCCGCGCAGCUGGACAAAAACCUCAAUUUUUACUUUACAAAUUCACCGAAAAAUGAAAGUAUGAGUUUUUCGGAGGAAGAUAAGUCGACAACAGGAGCCUCGGAUGUUUUCAUAUUGUUGUACACAGUGACAACUCUGACAUCUAUUAUAGGAAACAUCGCUACUAUAAUAAUCUUUACCAAAGGAAAACGUUCCAAAUCGGAAUUGCGUCCGUUUUUAAUCAACCUUGCAGUUGCAGAUUUGAUUAUGGCCAUUUUCUGUAUACCUUUCACCUUCACCGCCGAGUUACUCGGUGAAUGGGUGUUUUCAAAGCCCAUGUGUCCAAUUGUAUUGUUUUUACAGACAGUGUCCGUCACAGCUAGCGCUUCAACCAACAUGGCUAUCGGCAUUGACAGGUUUUAUGCUGUGGCGUAUCCACUCAAGUCCCGGAUUACUUCAUCAAGAUAUCGCCUUAUUAUUUUUCUUAUUUGGAUUAUUGCCAUUGCAAUUAAUUGUUUGCAAUUUGAGGUUGGGAGAGCAAGUGAAAUGAUAAAAUCGAAUUCAACUUCAAACAAGACUAUAGUGAAAUGUGAUGAAGAUUGGGGGGACCCGGAAAGAAAAAGAGCAUACUCUCUGUGUAUGCUUUUCCUCACCUAUAUAAUCCCCCUCAUCAUCCUUACCGUGACCUAUUCUAUUGUGGGAAGUAUUUUAUGGCAACGAAGGGCACCCGGCAACGCAGAUGCUAUCAGGGAUGAGCAGCAAAUCAAAUCGAAAAGAAAGAUUGUGAAGAUGCUGGUGACGAUCGUCACAUUUUUUGGGUUGUGCUGGCUACCUCUACACCUAUUUAUCCUUGUGUUGGACUUCAAUCCCGAAAUUGAGCGCGAUACUCAACUCUUACCUACACUCGAGGUUCUGUAUUUCUUUGCUCAUUGGAUCGCCAUGUCUAAUAGCUUCGUUAACCCAAUCAUCUACGGCUUCAUGAACAAUACUUACAGGGCCGAUUUGCGGGCGCUUAUAUUUACCAUAUGUCCGUAUGUUAGAGGCGGCAAACGCAUACGUCACGGUGCCGUGAAAUGGAAGUCACGAGAUCACGUGCGAGACGAUGCGUUCGACUACGAGAAAAACAGUCACAUGAUUCAAGGAUUAUUAAGGAGCAAUACCGAUUACAUCAACGGCAGGACGUCAAAGACUUCCGUAACUAAGACGUCAUCAACGAAGAGUUUUUAACAACUAUGUGUUCCGGCUGGAAAAUGCAGUCCAGCUGGAAACAGAGGUUCCAGGAGUUUUACAGUGAUAACGUAUGCCUCAGGUACAACAUUGGAUUUACACUAUACUUUCAACAUCUCGUCAGUGAUUUCGUGUAAAGGACGUCAAAAUGACGUGUAUAGUGAUGAUGGUCUGAUGAUAACGUUGCUUUGAUGAUACACGUCGAAGGUGUCACGUGUUUGCCUUACUCACGUUUUGUCCGUAUGUCCGAUCGUCGGUGUUUCAGUCCAAUUACAGACAACACGAAGAAAUGCUGAGCCAUGCUACAUUCUUGUGUUUAAUUGUUUACUUUUUGCCCUGAAAUGUUCGGAAAACAUGAUUUUUGUUCUGAUCAUAAUGAUUGAUAUUUUUUAAACAUUUGGGAUACAUGACAGCUUUGUAAAAAAAAAAUAUGACGUACCAAUGACAUUGUUUAUCUUCGUUAAAGCAGAAAUGUAUGUUGGUUAUUGGGUUGUACUUUUGGAUAUUCGUGGUUCCGGUUUAAAUUAACCAUUUUAUGUAUUUACAUGUAUAACAAUGAAUUAUUGAAGAAGAAAAAUGCAUCUCAGAUAUACGUUAUUGUCCUAUUCUAAUUACAUAAAAAUAGGGACGGGAUGCGCGCCGUGUCUGUAGAUUUCAUCACCUAGAUCUCGUCUCCGUAAUUUACUUUUUAACAAAAUUGAAUUAUUUCGACUUUCAGACAAAAGCCAAUAUUUGGCUCCAUUUCGUCUGUAGUUCCUUUCACAGUUUUAACCUUCAAUGGCAAUAAUUCAUUCCUUUACAGGUUUUUGUUGCCAAUUAUUGCGUAUAUCAGCGUCACAACAUUUAUUUAUGUAGAAUAUCGAUCCUAAAACGCCAGAUACAAUCAGUUGUAUUAAGUAACAAAUAUCCGACACAUUAUUAGAGCAUUUAAAACCAGUUACAUGGAAAUGGAAUUCUUAACUUAUAAAGAAUUCUUCUCGUAAAGGAUAUGAGUCCGUCUAGACCACUGGCAAUGGCUGAGGCCUAUUUCCGGUAGAUCCUUAAAUAGCGGAUAAGCUUGACUAUGAUUGGUCCAACUUACCCCAAUCAAAAUACAGCAAUUUAUAUGAGGAGGCGGACUACCUAAUAACAGUCUGCACACGAAUCAGACGACUUCUUUCCGUUUCUAUUGAAUAAUUGCCGUAAUGUUAUUAGUCGACCCGAGCCUCUCAUUCUGUCUACCCCAGAACGCCCUAUUCCCAACCUAACCUAACAGCUACCAUGAGUCGUAAUAGUAUGUUUUACUGGUGAUAUAUCAGAGAUUACUGACUUGUUAGGAAUUAUGUAAUCACUGCUUAUACAUUCUCUAAUGAUGACAUCACUUCUGUUUUAGACCAAUCAUUGCGAUGCUUUCUAUUUACUGCCGCCGAUUAAGUAGCUGUUCGCUGCAACUUUGCUGCAUGCAUUGCGAAUUUAAUCAAAAUAUACUUUUUAUAAACGUUACGUACGAAAAAAUAUCGAAUUGAUAAAAUAUCGAGUUUCUGCCAUUCUCGUGAAAUGUUCAAUACCCCUCUACACAGCCUACCUCGGGCCUUAUCGGCUGUGAAGUCACAUGACAGGGUGAAUCCAAGGGAACUAACUCUGACAGAUCAGAGCACGCCAUAGGGGGGCUCAGCUUGUACAAUUUACAAAUAAGAUCAGUAUUCUUCACUUACCUCAGCCUAAAGCAAGGGAUUAUCAGGGUUUUGGAGGAAGUGAAUGGGAGGGUUCUGUUAGAUCUACACGACAGGACUCCUGGGGGCCUA